UUUGUUAAAAUGGAUGUCCUUUAGCUGUAGCUCCCCUCCAGGCCAGAUGGUGGCGGUAACGCGCCCAAUAGCUGUUUCUCCAAACCUCCAGAAAACACUGAAAAAGACGCUGUUUUCUUUUAUGACUGCUGUUAUCUGACCAAGCUAAUAAUUUCUACGUUACAGUGUUUACGUUUUACUGUAGUCAGUAUAGAUUGAGUUAAAAAAUAAAAGCUUGUUGUUUUGUCUGAGUUUGAAGCUGUAAAACGCCGUACUGCUUUAAAACCUGAGCUGUUAUAAUGAGUUCAGCAGGAGACAGACAGCGCUCCUCCAGGAAGUCUCGGGCUCCUGAUCCUGCUCCCUCACAGCUUUCUGAGGAUGUGACAACAGUGACUUCAGCUGGAGGGACAUCAGGCUUAGAGGACCAGCAGAAUGAAGGAGUCUUUAUGAAGCUCACACUUGAAGGCGGUGUGAAGAAAGAGGAGUCGCUAGAGCUGAAUAUUUACAACCAUGGAAAUAACCUCAACAACACACCUGAAGUUAUCGCCAUAAAAGUGGAACAAGAUGACUCUGAAGACUACCUCUACUGUGAGGUUUGCAAAUCCUUUUUCUUCAACAAGUGUGAGGUUCACGGACCGCCCCUCUUCAUCCCUGAUACUCCUGUUCCCAUGGGAGUCCCUGACCGAGCCAGACAAACUCUUCCUCCCGGACUAGAGAUUCGGAAGUCCGGUAUUCCUGACGCAGGCCUGGGAGUGUUUAAUAAAGGGGAGACUGUUCCAGUAGGCACACACUUCGGACCCUACCAGGGAGAGCUGGUAGACAGAGAGGAAGCCAUGAACAGUGGCUACUCCUGGGUGAUAUACAGGAGCAGCCAGUGUCAGGAAUACAUAGAUGCCAAGAGAGAGACAUAUGCAAACUGGAUGAGGUAUGUGAAUUGUGCUCGUAAUGAUGAAGAGCAGAAUCUUGUGGCAUUUCAGUAUCAAGGGGGAAUUCUGUACCGUUGCUGUCAACCCAUUGACCCAGGACAGGAGCUCCUGGUGUGGUAUGAAGAGGAGUACACUAAAGAUCUUGGCCCUGCAUUUGAUUCCCUCUGGAACAAAAAGUGCUCUGCAAAUGAAGUAAACAACACUCCGUUGCAAGUCUUCUGCUGCUCCUUGUGCCAACUUUCCUACUCCUCUCAAAUUGACCUCCACAAACACAUCCGGAGAUGCCAUUACGAAGAGCAUGUAAGACUGCAGAAAUCAGAAGAGAUUAAACACAAGAUUCUGCCCAUAAAAGGCCAGAAAACCUCAUCUACCACUCUCUGCUCUAACACCGCUCACAAAAAAAUGCAGAAGGAAAUUCACCACUGUACAGAUUGUGGAAAGAGUUUUACUCAUCUGAGUGCUCUCAAAUCACACCAGCGCAAUCACACAGCAGAGAAGCCGUAUCACUGCUCACUGUGUGGAAAGAGUUUUACUUAUCAGAGUGGUCUCAGAACACACCAGCGCAUUCACACAGGAGAGAAGCCGUAUCACUGCUCAGAGUGUGGGAAGAGUUUUACGCAACAAGGUACUCUCCAGACACACCAGAGCAAUCACACAGGAGAGAAGCCGUAUCAUUGCUCACAAUGUGGGAAGAGUUUUGCAUACCAGAGCCAUCUUCAAAUACACCAGCGCAUUCACACAGGAGAGAAGCCAUAUUGCUGCUCACAGUGUGGGAGGAGGUUUAAUCAACAGAGUGCUCUCCAAAGACACCAGCGCCUUCACACACAACAAAAUCUGCAUCACUGCUCACAGUGUGGGAAGAGUUUUACUCAGCUGAGUAAUCUCCAACAACAUCAACGGAUUCACACAGGAGAGAAGCCAUUUAACUGCUCACAGUGUGGGAAGAGUUUUAAUCGACAGAAUCAUCUCCAUCGACAUCAUCGCAUUCACACUCAAGAAAAGCCGUAUCACUGCUCCCUAUGUCGGAAAAGUUUUGCUGAUGGAGGUAAUCUCAAAAGACACCAGCGUAUUCACACAGGAGAAAAACCGUAUCACUGCUCAGAUUGUGGGAAGAGCUUCACUGACCAAAGUACACUCCGACAACACCAGCGCAUUCACACAGGAGAAAAGCCGCAUCACUGCUCACAGUGUGGGAAGAGUUUUACUCACCUGAGUACUCUGCAAACACACCAGCUCAUUCACACAGGAGAGAAGCCGUAUCACUGCUCACAGUGUGGGAAGAGCUUUAAUCGACCGAGUGCUCUCCAACAACACCAGCGCAGUCACACAGGAGAGAAGGUGUAUCACUGCUCACAGUGUGGGAAUCGGUUCAGUGACCGAGGAACUCUUCAAGUCCACCAGCGCAUUCACACAAGAGAGAAGCCAUAUAACUGCUCACAGUGUGGGAAGAGUUUUAUUAUAGAAAGUGCUCUCCGACGACAUCAGCGUAUUCAUUCUGGAGAUAGGCUGUAUUACUGCUCACAGUGUGGACAGAGAUUCACUUAUUUAAGUAUGUUUAGAAACCAUGGGUGCAAUACCACAGAGCCAUUACAUGACCUGAAACCUGUUAUAAUGAGUUCAGCAGAAGACAGGCAGCAGUCUCAGGCUCCUGAUCCUGCUCCCUCACAGCUGUGUGAGGACGUGAAAACAGAGACUUCAGGUGGAGGAACAUCAGAUUCCGAGGACCAGCAGAAUGGAGGAGUCCAUAUGGAGCUCAGAUCUCGCAGUGUAAAGAAAGAGGAGACCCUUGAGCUGAGCAUCUACAACCAUAGAGACGACCUCAACAACACGCCUGAUGUUAUCUCCAUUAAAGAGGAAGAAGCUGACAAAGACUACCUCUACUGUGAGGUUUGCAAAUCCUUCUUCUUCAACAAGUGUGAGGUUCACGGACCGCCCCUCUUCAUCCCUGAUACUCCUGUUCCCAUGGGGAUCGCUGACCGAGCCAGACAAACUCUUCCUCCUGGACUAGAGAUUCGGAAGUCCGGUAUUCCUGACGCAGGCCUGGGAGUGUUUAAUAAGGGGGAGACUGUUCCAGUAGGCGCACACUUCGGACCCUACCAGGGAGAGCUGGUAGACAGAGAGGAAGCCAUGAACAGUGGAUACUCCUGGGUGAUAUACACUAGAAGCCAGUGCCAGGAAUACAUAGAUGCCAAGAGAGAAAUGUAUGCUAAUUGGAUGAGGUACGUGAAUUGUGCUCGUAAUGAUGAAGAGCAGAAUCUUUUGGCGUUUCAGUAUCGAGGUGGGAUUCUAUAUCGUUGCUGUCAACCCAUUAACCCGGGACAGGAGCUCUUGGUGGGGUAUGAAAAAGAGUAUGCCGAAGAUCUUGGCCCUACAUUUGACUCACUCUGGAGUAAAAAGUGCUCCAGAAAUGAAGUAAACAACGCUCUGUUGCAAGUCUUCUCCUGCUCCUUGUGUCCACUUUCCUAUACAUCUCAAAUAUAUCUCCAUAAACACAUCCAGAGAUGUCACUAUGAGGAAUAUGAGAUUGAAUGUAACAAAGGCUCUGUUAGUCACCAAACAUCACCUGGCACUCUCGACUCCAACGUCUCUGUCAAAGAAAUGCAGAAGGCAGUUCACCACUGCUCACAGUGUGGGAAAUGUUUUUCUUACCAGAGUCAUCUCCAAACACACCAGCGCAUUCACACAGGAGAGAAGCCAUAUCACUGCUCAGAGUGUAGGAAAAGUUUUUCUCAUCAGAGCGCUCUCCAACGACACCAGCGAAUUCACACAGGAGAGAAGCCGUAUCACUGCUCACAGUGUGGAAAGAGUUUUAAUCAACAGAGUACUCUCCAAACACACCAGCGCAUUCACACAGGAGAGAAACCGUAUCACUGCUCACAGUGUGGGAUGAGUUUUAAUCGACAGGGUGAUCUCCUACGACACCUGCGCAUUCACACAGGAGAGAAGCCCUAUCACUGUUCACAAUGUGGGAAGAGAUUUAAUCGACAAAGUACUCUGCAACAACACCAGCACAUUCACACAGGAAAGAAGCCCUAUCAGUGCUCAGAGUGUGGGAAGAGUUUUACUCACCAGAGUAAUCUCCAAAAACACCAGAGCAUUCACACAGGAGAGAAGCCGUAUUCAUGCUCAGAGUGUGGGAAGAGUUUUAAUCACCAGAGUAAGCUUCAAAAACACCAGCACCUUCACACUGGAGAGAAGCCAUAUCACUGCUCACAGUGUGGAAAGAGCUUUGCGGCCAAAUUUAAUCUCCAAACACACCAGCGCAAUCACACAGGAGAGAAGCCGUAUCACUGCUCACAGUGUGGGAAGAGUUUUACGUUCCAGAGUCAUCUCAGAAAACACCAGCGCAUUCACACUGGAGAGAAACCAUAUCACUGCUCACAGUGUGGGAAGAGAUUUCAUCAACAAAGUACUCUCAAAGUCCACCAGCGUAUUCACACAGGAGAGAAGCCGUAUCACUGCUCACUGUGUGGGAGGAGCUUUACUCACCAGUGUAAUCUCCGAAAACACCAGAGCAUUCACACAGGAGAGAAGGCAUAUCUUUGCUCACAUUGUGGGAGGAGCUUUACUCGAAAGGGUGAUCUACGAAAACACCAACGCAUUCACACAGGAGAGAAGCCGUAUCAGUGCUCAGAGUGUGGGAAAAGUUUUACACAACAAAGUACUCUCCAACGACAUCUGCGCAUUCACACUGGAGAGAAGCCGUAUCACUGCUCCCAGUGUGGGAAGAGUUUUACAGCCAAGGGUAAUCUCCAAACGCACCAGCGCAAUCACACAGGAGAGAAGCCGUAUCACUGCUCACAGUGUGGGAAAUUUUUCUCUUACCAGAGUCAUCUGAUAACACACCAGCGCAUUCACACAGGAGAGAAACCGUAUCAGUGCUCACAGUGUGGGAAAUGUUUUUCUUAUCAUAGUCAUCUCCAAACACACCAGCGCAUUCACACAGGAGAGAAGCCGUAUCACUGCUCACAGUGUGGGAAGAGUUUCACUUAUUCAAUUACAUUUAAGUCUCACAAGUGCAUUAAAAUAGAGCUGUUACAUAAUUUUUGUUUGUCAGAUUAAAUAUUAUUGUUUUGGCUUAAAAUGAUCUGUGUAAACUGUGGAUUUUUGUAUCCUAGCAGCUCUGACCAGUUUGGUCAUUCUCCCCUGAGCACUCUCAUCCACAAGGUGUUUCAACCUGCAGACCCUUCACUCACAGGAUGUUUUUUGUUUUUCGCACCAUUCUGUGUAAACUCUAGAGACUGUUGUGUGUGAAAUUCCCAGGGGAUCAGCAGUUUCUGAAAUACUCAAACCAGUCUUUCUGGCACGAACAACCAUGCCACGGUUAAAGUCUCAGAGAUCACACUUUUUCUACAUUCUGAUGUUUGAUGUGAAUAUUAACUGAAGCUCUUGACCUGUAUCUGCAUGAUUUUAUGCAUUGUGCUGCUUCCAAAUGAUUGGCUGAUUAGAUAACUGUAUGAUUGUGCAGGUGUCCUAAUAAAGUGGACGGUGAGUGAGGGUAUUCUUUGAGAAUUUUUCACGUAAGUCUGUCUUUUUUUUUUUUUUUUUUUUUUUUACCACAAUAACCCAUAUAUAUAAAUGUAAAUAUUGAUAAUGCAUGUUCAUAUUCGGUUAUUUGAUGCAGUCCACAGAAAAAGGAGCAUUUGGUACUACAAGGCAGCCUAGGUACAGUGUAGUGGAUAGAAAAGCAUCCAGAAUAUAAUGUGACGAGAAAGAAAGUGAAUCAUGCCUCCCUCCAGUACUACCAAUCAAAAGGGAUGUACAGCAAUAUCUGAGGAGGUUCAUCUAAUGGGCAGAGGCUAGAACAACAUGUUUGAAUGUCAAUAUUGGCCCACACACAUAAUAUACAAAGUGCAAUUUCAAAGACACAUACAAGCAUUCCAAACCCCACCAUUAAACUACCACACCAUAUGCAUAAACAGUGUUUGAGGCCUUGGCUCAGUCUUUGAACACCACAGCUGUGAUUUUUAGUUCCAAAAAAUGAUUCCAGUUUUAUCAGUUUUAGGAAGUCUAUUGGCAGUCAACAAAAGGAGGAGAGAAAGGAAAGGAAAUCCCAUUAUGGUGAAAUCCACUUUGGCUUUAGUCGGUAGCAUACUUAUUAUGUUUCUAAAAUUUUAAUUUUCAAAUAAUUCUGAGGACAUGUUAAUACUUUCUAAAUUUUUUUUAUGUAGCAGAGUCUUUUCAGAGUCUUCAGAGGAGGAAUGUCAUCAUCGGAUGCAGUGGACUACCAAAGUAGUAGUAGUAGUAGUAGUAAAAGUAUGUUUGCAGGCUGAGGCUUGAGCAUUUUGCAUAGGUUAGAUCUCCAUAAUAAAGGAUAGAUUGGUAAUUAAACUGCUCAAGGCUCUAAACAUAAAAUGUGAAGCAACCGAAAAAUUGGUUAAUCUGUUUAUUGGUUACAAUCUAGUAAUAGUCAAUAUACUUUUCAUCUUCAUCAGGUACUUCAUCAGGUACAGGUAUGUAUGUAAAAUAUGACGAUUAUUUAAGAGAUUAUAUGCACUCUUCUAUUUUAAGAAGUUUAAGAAAAAAAUUAAGAUGUUAAACAAAGUUUUAAAUCCUGCUGUUACACCACAUUUGUGCUAAGUCAUGGUGCACUGAAAUACAGCACCCAUGCAAAGUGUUUUAAACAAAGCUCUCACUCAGGAAAGUUCAGGAGCAAUUUGCAAGUCAUAGUCUGGCCUGGCUUUCUUUCACUCAAGUAAACAUAAUGCUCUUUUUUUUUAAAACAAUUCUGGGGAACAUUGUAAAAAAGUGAAGAAAAAAAACAUACGGAAAAAGUCUCAGGACGUUCAGACAAAAAUAAAUAUAGAAGAGAAAAAAUUGGUGCACUUUUAGUUAAAUGCCCAACAUUUGAUAAGAAUGAAAAAGCUUAUGACAGAACCUGUAAGCAAAGAUCAUAAAAUCAUUUACAUCAUUAAAUGAAGGUUGAACUCUGGGACAAAUUUAAAUAGAAAUAUACUACUCUACUUGAAUACCGAACUUUAAUACUGUUGAUUUUAAAUGUAAAAAUGCUGACUGUGGGAUCUACAUGAAGUGCAGUGUGCCCUUAGUUAUAGUUUUAUUUUCAUUUGUGCUACAAUACUUGGGAUUUUUAAGAAAGGCUUGUUAAGGUACAAGAAUUGAAGAAACUUCCUUAAACACUCACCAUCCACUUUAAUAGGAACACCUGUACAGCUGCUCAUUUAUGCAGUUAUCCGAUCAGCCAAUCAUGUGGCAGCAACACAAUGAAUAAAAUCAUGCGAUUGUUUGAGUUACUAUAUCCUUCAUGGCAGCUUGAACCAAUCUGGCCAGUUUCCUCUGACCUCUCUUAUCAACAAGGCGUUUCCAUCCACGGAACUGUCGCCCUCUCAUUGUGGUUUUUUUUUAAAAAUUUUUUAUGCCCCAUUCUGUGUAAACUCUAGAGACUGUUGUGUGUGAAAAUCCCACUAGAUCAGCAAUUUAUGAAAUAAUCCAACCAGCCCAUCUGUCACCAACAUCCAUGCCAUGAUCAAACUCACAGUGAUCACAGUUUUUCUUCAUUCUGAUGUGUGAUGUGAACAUUAACUGAAGCUCUUACAGAUGUUCCUAUUAAAGUGGAUGGUGAGUAUCUACACUGUAUUUCUUCCAACAGCACAUGCUACAGUAUUGCUCUACUGUACAGCCCUGAAAAGAACCUUUCAAAAAGGGAGCUCUACAGAUAUCAAAGGAGCACAGGGCAGGUGCUUGGGUGCACACAGGUCCCCUUCUGUAGACUACUUUGUUAUUUGACUUAUAUUUUAAUGUGCAAGGGUGAUAGGCAAGACACAAGGAAGUAUAACAAGAAACAAAGGAAAAAAAAGGCUAAGACUUUACAAUACAAAUGCGUAAAACUUUGCAAGUAGACAGGCAAACUAAUCAAUGGAUGAACCUUCGAAUAUCUGGACAGACUCAGGGAAGACAAGGCAGGACAGGGGUUUUUACUCAUCUUGGGCUGUAUUCAAGUUGAGUUAAUUGUGCAGUGAGGAGUGUGUCCAUUGGUUCAGUUCAUUUAUUAAGACUCAGCUCACCAUCUGCGUCUUCUUUAAAUAUUCACAGACUACUAGACAAACAUUGUACAAACAAAUAAGCUUUAACCAAGGACGUUCCAAGAAGACCUAUGAAUUUUUAACAACCUGGUAGACUUAGUACACCCAUGUAUUUUAACUGUGUAUGUUACUCGUAACAAGUUAAGCAUGCACUGCAUACCCUGUGUGUGUCUUUGUCAAGAUCUUGUUAAGUUCUACCUGGCUGUGACCACACCAUCUGACAACACACAACCAGCUUUCAUUCUCUUCUCACAAUACUACCCCGACCCUGUCAUGUAGGUUUCUCACAGGUCUGCCCCUGCGCACCAUCCGACCCCCCCAAAUGACGAAGAAUGCAGCUGGACGAAUUGUGUUCAACCUCCUCAAUUUCUCCAACAUCACCCCAUUGCUGUGUUCCCUCCACUGGCAUCCUUUAGCUGGAGAUUUAAAACACUGAUGCUCACCUACAAAGCCAAAAAAAAACAGAGCAGCUCUCACCUACCUUAAAGCACCUUAACGGAGCUCUGCACCACACUCCCUCCGAGUCUCUGGCACUGCUUGACCCACCAUCUCUCAGGGUACGAAUAAAAUCUUCAUCAAUGCCUUUGCCUUUGCACCCAGGUGGAGGAAUGAACUUCCCCUGGCUGUCCGAACAGCUGUAAGUGUGUUUAUUGUAACUGAUUCAAUAAUGUCCUCUAUUUAAAUCGAUAAUGCAUAUAAAACAGUAUACGACCAUUUGUGACAUAAACCCACAGAAAAUCACUCAUCUUAAGUUUCUUGCCAUCGGAUAUGAGAGUUUUAUCACAGAGGAGACAAAAAAUUAACAUUGCAACCAUCUGGAUAGAGCUCUAGACACAUGGGUUUCCAUUUAAUAUGUCACCAGUACACACUGCCUUGCUAGCAUUAGUUAAAUAUAAAUAUUUAAAGAAUGAUAUUUGCAGUAAUGAAGAGAAAUGGAUUGAUUUAGCUACAGUUUAAGUCAGAGAAUAAACAUUACACCCAAAGCCUAGUUUUAAAAUGAGUUGUGCAAGACUUGUAUGUCGACUUGCUAGAACUUAUAAUUUAUAUAUCCAAACUGUUAAAAUAACAUAAGAAUUGUAGUUCCGAGUGUGCAAACUAUACAGAAUUUUCUCCCCACUUCACUAUAAUGGGCUAAUUAGCGUGUUGAAAUAAAACUAUCUUAGAUUUGUGUCAAAAUAAUGUUAAAAAUAAAACAGUCAGCCGUGCUGCAGGUUCCCGAACCUGUACCGAUGAGGCCGUAUCCAUGGUUACAGUUCAGAUUGAUAGCUCAUCUUUGUGCUGUAUUAGUCUAAUAAUCAAAACUGAAUGGAAUCCUUCUUUCUCAAAUUAUACACUAAAGACAGCUUGAUAAACAUUUCCAGUCCUCCAUUUUUUUCUGUUGUGCCUCGUCCAUGUCAGAUUUCCAUACACUCUGUUUUGUAAAGUAGGGAAAGUAGUAGGAGGUGGUUUACAAUAAGUCGACAAGUCUAAAAGAAGAUAAAUAGCAACUCAGUUUUUUUUUCAAUACUGCAGAAAGUCUCUGAAGGACACUGAGAUCUAUAAAAGCUACAACACUGAUAGUUUACCUCCUUCACAUUUCAGGUAUGAUUCAAUAUUUUACUUCGAUACUUCAGUUAUUUCCUAACACUUAAGAAUGGGAAAUGUUUUGCAGAACUUGACAUGUGGGAUAAUUUAUACCUUUAGUAUAUUUGUUUUCUUUGUAGCAGGGCUGCGCAGACAUCUUUACACUGGCAGUUAAAAAGAGACUCAUGGAUCGAGGUUUUAGAAACACAGACUACAGCAUAAGAAUCAGAACCACUGAUAA